UUGGACUCGCACCGCCACCGGCACACCGGUAGACACUCAGCACCCAGAAGGAGUCACACCGCUCGUGUUGUUGGCCUGGAUAUUAUACAGCACCCACCCGCUCGGAUGUGCAAUAUGACUUUUGAAGAAACCAGUGGAGAUAAUUCGUCAGAAAGGAUGGAAUCGGUGGCUCAAGCGCUCGAGGAGGUCCUGAGCUCUGCGUUGCCUCAGGGUUGCACCACCGUGGGCGUCUACGAGGCAGCGAAGUCCCUGAAUGCGGACCCAGACAACGUGGUGCUGUGUCUGCUGGCCACAGACGACGAGGAGGACGUGGCUCUCCAGAUCCACUUCACCUUGAUCCAGGCAUUCUGCUGCGAGAAUGACAUCAACAUCCUGCGGGUGUGCAACAUGCAUCGUCUGGCAGAAAUCCUGGGAGGAGUGAAAGCUGGAGGGGAGCCCACGGACCUGCACUGCGUCCUAGUUACCAAUCCCCAGUCCUCCCUGUGGAAGGACCCGGCCCUGAGCAAAGUGACCAGAUUCUGCAGAGAAAGCCGCUGUUUGGACCAGUGGGUGCCCCUUAUCAACCUGCCCGACCGAUGAAGCGGCUUGGAUUAAUAAUGUAUUGUGUGCAUUUGGAAAAGUAACUGCACAAGGCCUGUGUUAAUGUCUGUGUUGGACUCCUUUUGGAAAUGCCCCAGAGAGAGAGAGAGAGAGACGGGUGGGGCAGAAGAAAAAAAAGAACACAAGGAAGCGAAACGUUCCAACACAUUUACCGAGUCAGGGUGAACUUGUGGGCCAAGGAAGAGUGACUCAGCAGUUUGGGUUCCAGGAUUUCCAACGUAUGACUGUGCCUUUCCCUGCCGCGAAAGGACGCCUUUACAGGAAACUGAUCCUUGUGAGCAGACAGGCGCACGUGGUGGUGAGCACAAGUGCAGGACUGGGGGGGGGGGGGGGAGCAAAUACAGAGUCUCCGUUGACAAGACUCCCAAGAACUGGACUGUACUGGAGUGGACCGGUCGGAGCGCUCAGCUCGAAGAAUUCCUCAUGAAAAUUUGACCAAAUUCAAGCAUUUCAUUAACAGCACAUUUUAUUUAAUUGUAUUUAAGACAUGUCACUUUGAUAACUCAAAAGGGAAAGUUUUUCACAGAUUACUGUUGUUAUUUUAAGGGCAAUGCAAUGUUUUGACUUGUCCACUAACUGAUGUUGUUGCGCAUUAUUAAUUUAAUGAAUUUAUAUUUAUUGUUCAUGGAAUUCUGCCUUGUUACGUUGAAUGAAAUAAACAACCAACAGUUCA